AAAAAAACAAAAACAAACAAUAAACCAAAAGAGAGAGAAGAGAGCGAGCGAUCUAGCGGGAAUCUUCCUCCGAUUACCUCUCUCUCUAUUUUUAAGGAAAGAUUCGUAAAAUCAGUGUGGGGAACAAUAACAAAAAAACAAAAAACGAACCGGAUCGAUGAAACUUACACUGCAAAAACACGAUUUCUGAGAAGAAGAAGAAGAAGGAGACGCAAGCGAGCUUCGUUAAGUUUUCGUGACGAAAGCAAACAUUUUUAAUAAAUUUUAUUAUUUUAAUUUCGAUUAGAGGUUUCACCCGAUUUUGGCUCCUUAAUCUAAUCUUCUAGAUUUCCAUUAGUUUCCGAGAUUGUCUAAGAUGACGGCGAAAUUGUAAAUCUUCUGAUUUAUUGCUUGCUGUUUUAGCCCAAUCCCAUUUUGUCAGAUCUUCGCAAUUUGGGGAUUAUGAAUCUGAAAUUUUGUUUAUUUCUCAAACAUUCGAUUUCGGGUUUUGCUUGAUUGAAGAUGCAGCAUAAUCUAUUCACGACAAUGCGAAGUUUGAAGCUUGCAGAAGGUUGUAAAGGGACGCAAGUAUACGCUCUUAAUGCAUCAGCUCCUCCUCCGCCUCCUCCACCUGGUAACGGCGGCGGUGGCGGAACCGGAGGAGGAGGAGUCGGCGACAAGUUCCUUCAACACCUUCAAGAUCACCUCCGUGUCAAUUCGGUCCGAUCCAAAUCAAGCCGCACAUAUCCGCCUCCGAAUCAAUCAAACGCCGUCGUGUCGCCUGAGUCUCUCCUCCCUUGCGGGCUCCCAGAUACCGAUCUGCUUGAACCACAGAUCGACCCAUGCUUGAAAUUCGUCGACUUGGUCGAGAAGAUGGCCGAAGUCUACCGUCGGAUCGACAAUUGCUCUCAAUUCGAGAAAUCUGGGGCUUAUUUAGAACAAUGCGCUAUAUUCCGGGGAUUAUCUGAUCCGAAACUUUUCCGGCGGAGUCUCCGGUCGUCUAGGCAGCACGCCGUGGAUGUUCACUCGAAAGUCGUCUUAGCGUCGUGGCUCCGAUUCGAGAGGAGGGAGGACGAGCUGAUCGGAACAAGCUCUAUGGAUUGUUGCGGCAGAAACUUGGAAUGCCCAAAGGCGACCCUUGUUUCUCGGUAUGACCCGGAAACCGUCUACGAUCCAUGUGUCUGCUCCGGAGCUUCCAAAUCGGAGAUGAUGAACGUUGAUGAUGUUCCCGAAUGUUCGACUUCCGAGGAAGAGUUAGACUACGAUAUGUCCUUUUGUAUCGGCGACGAAGAGGUUCGUUGCGUAAGGUACAAAAUCGCGUCUUUGUCGAGACCUUUCAAGGCGAUGUUAUACGGAGGGUUUAGAGAAAUGAAACGAGGGACGAUCAAUUUCACACACAAUGGGAUCUCUGUUGAAGGGAUGAGAGCUGCAGAGGUAUUCAGCAGGACCAAGAGGUUAGAUAACUUCUCUCCUAAUGUUGUCUUGGAGCUUCUGAAGCUGGCGAAUCGUUUCUGCUGCGAUGAAUUGAAAUCCGCUUGCGACUCGCAUUUGGCUUAUCUUGUUAAUAAUCUUGACGAGGCAAUGUUGUUGAUCGAGUAUGGAUUAGAAGAGGCUGCGUAUCUUCUUGUGGCAGCUUGUCUCCAGGUUUUCCUAAGGGAAUUGCCGAGUUCUAUGCAUAAUCCGAAUGUUAUAAAGAUCUUUUGCAGCGUCGAGGGACGGGAAAGAUUGGCGUCUCUUGGCCAUGCUUCUUUUGCGUUAUACUUCUUCUUAAGCCAGAUUGCUAUGGAAGAUGAUAUGAAAUCUAACACGACUGUGAUGGUCUUAGAACGUUUGGUUGAAUGCGCGGUGGAAAAUUGGGAGAAACAGCUUGCGUACCACCAACUAGGGGUUGUGAUGCUGGAGAGGAAAGAAUAUAAGGAUGCUCAGAGAUGGUUUAACACGGCGGUUGAGGUUGGUCAUCUUUACUCCCUCGUGGGUGUUGCUAGGUCUAAGUUCAAGCGUGACCAUAGGUACUCGGCUUAUAAGAUCAUCAAUUCGUUGAUCUCGGAUCACACGGCUACUGGGUGGAUGCACCAGGAGAGGUCUUUGUAUUGCAGUGGUAAAGAAAAGCUGCUUGAUUUGGAUACAGCUACCGAGUUAGACCCGACUUUGACAUUCCCCUACAAAUUCAGGGCAGUAGCAUUGGUGGAGGAGAACCAGUUUGGGGCUGCCAUCUCGGAACUGAACAAGAUUCUUGGAUUCAAGGCUUCUCCUGACUGUCUGGAGAUGAGGGCAUGGAUUUCUAUUGGUAAGGAGGAUUAUGAGGGUGCUUUGAAAGAUAUUCGGGCACUUUUGACAUUGGAGCCGAAUUUUAUGAUGUUUAACUCGAAAAUUCAUGCCGAUCAUAUGGUGGAGCUGCUCCGUCCGCUGGCCCACCAGCGGAGCCAGGCUGAUUGCUGGAUGCAGCUGUUUGAUCAUUGGUCUUCUGUGGAUGAUAUUGGCUCUCUAGCAGUUGUUCAUGAUAUGCUUGCAAAUGAUCCAGGGAAUAGUCUUUUAAGGUUUAGACAGUCUCUUCUUCUGCUACGGCUAAAUUGUCAAAAGGCUGCAAUGCGUAGUUUAAGGCUGGCUCGAAACCAUUCAAAGUUGAAGCAUGAGAGACUUGUGUAUGAAGGAUGGAUAUUGUAUGAUACAGGCCACCGUGAGGAAGCCCUGGCCAAGGCUGAGGAGUCUAUUUCCAGACAAAGAUCUUUCGAAGCGUUUUUCCUCAAGGCUUAUGCUCUUGCAGACUCUACGCUGGACCCAAAGUCCUCAGAUUACGUUAUCCAGCUCCUUGAAGAAGCACUUCGGUGCCCCUCAGAUGCUCUCCGUAAGGGACAAGCUUUGAACAACCUGGGGAGCGUAUAUGUGGAUUGUGAUAAGCUGGAUCUUGCAGCUGAUUGCUAUACUAACGCGCUCAACAUUAAGCAUACACGAGCUCACCAAGGUCUUGCUCGUGUUUAUCAUCUGAAAAAUCAACGUAAAGCUGCUUAUGAUGAAAUGACAAAGCUAAUAGAAAAGGCUCAGAACAAUGCGUCAGCAUAUGAGAAGCGCUCUGAAUAUUGUGACCGUGAGAUGGCACAGAGCGACCUUAGCCUGGCAACACAACUAGACCCUCUCCGAACCUACCCUUACAGAUACAGAGCUGCAGUUCUUAUGGACGACCACAAAGAAAGUGAGGCCAUAGACGAGCUUUCCAGGGCGAUAUCCUUUAAACCAGAUUUGCAGCUGUUGCAUCUAAGGGCAGCGUUCUAUGAUUCUAUGGGAGAAGGAGCAUCUGCUAUUAAAGAUUGUGAAGCAGCAUUGUCUAUCGAUCCAGGACAUGCAGAUACACUCGAGCUCUACCACAAAGCUCGUGAAGCAAAUGCUACCGACCAAAAGUAGAACAAAACUAUCAUUUGAUUGGGUUGGCAAAUCUCUUCUCAACUUCCCUUCUGGUAUGCUUCUACACCGUUCAUUUCCUUCUGCAAACAGAAACUGAGCAAUCAACAAGGUUUGAAUUCAGUGAACAGAGAAACAAAAAAAAAGCAUAGCCAUGUAAAUAGAAAAUUUUAUGAUACUUUUUUCUUUAAUUUUGGUUAUUGGGGGGGGGGGGGGUUGAGGAUACUAUAGUAGUGCAGAGAGUGUUUCUUGCUGCAACCGAUAAUACGUUUUCAGGCCAAAAAGGAACCACGAAAAAGAACUUACUUCUGGUGAAAUUGGACUUCUUCUUCUGUCCUAUUUCUAGAUGUAUUAUUGCUUCUUUCUUUCUUUUUUUUUACUGGAAUUAUGUAAUUGUAUCUGUAACUUUCUUCACUUUUUCUUUUUCUUUUUCUUUUCUCAAAGCAUCCGGGGAUGUGUUUUUUAUCCUCCUGAAACAGGA